ACUCUCUUGGAGUCUUGAUUCCUUCACAAUUUGAGCUUGCUAAUGCAAAAAAAGUUCAGCUUUUGGGGUCAAAGAAUCUUUAAUCCAUCAAAAUGGGGUUCUGUCGCUAUGAUUACUCGUCGUGCAUGCAGAUUGUAAAUUGAGGUGGUAUAGUGGUUGGAGUGAGGGAGGAGCUUUUGGCCACACACUAUAAUGUCUGAAUCAAACUCAAGAAAAAGGAAUUUGCCUUCGUGGAUGAGUUCCAGAGAAGAGGAAAGUGAUGAAAAUGAAAAAUCUAAACAAUUAACAAAUCGUGGAAAGUCUAAGAAGGACCAAAAUGGGGAAGACAAAACUGCUACCGGCUCAGGCACCUCAGAUUUCUCAAUUUUGAUGGAAGGGGUGACAUUUGUUCUAUCUGGGUUUGUGAAUCCGGAACGCGGUGUUUUGAGGUCGCAGAUGCUGGAGAUGGGGGCUGAAUAUCAGCCUGAUUGGAACUCAAACUGCACCCUUUUAGUGUGUGCAUUUUCCAACACUCCAAAGUUUAGGCAAGUUAAAGCUGAUGGUGGAACUAUUAUAUCCAAGGACUGGAUAUCAGAUUGUUACGUCCAAAGAAAACUUGUGGAUAUUGAGCCAUUCCUACUGCAUGCUGGCAAACCAUGGAGAAGACAAUGCAUUUCCCAUGAAGCUAGAAAAGAGCCAUCUUCAUCCACUAAAUAUUCAAAACAAGAAGAAACUGGCUUACAUUCAAAGAAGGCUACUGGCUCUUCCAAGAUGAAAGGGAGCUUUUCUCCUGCCAAAGCGAAGAAGUGGGCUGUCGAGGAUCUUAAAAGAACUAUAUCAUGGCUGGAGAACCAAGAAGAGAAACCAGGCCCAAGUGAGAUAAAAAAGAUAGCUGCUGAAGGAAUUCUGACUUGUUUACAAGAUGCUAUAGAUGCUCUCAAGCAAGGACAGGGUGUCCAUCAUGUUACAGAACAAUGGGCCUGCCUUCCUCGUGUAGUCGAGCAGCUGGCCCAGUUUGAUGGCAGCACUUCGCCUAGCAAGGAAGAUCUUUGUCGAGAAGUAAUGGCCUGCAAACAAAUAUAUGAGCUUGAGUUUCUGAAUAUGGAGCACGAUGAUACACCAAACGAUAUAAAGGCACAGAAUCGUGGGGUUAAGAAAGGUGGGAAGAAUGAUAAAGCUGCUGGAAAUGACCCUUAUGACAGUGAUGCAACGGUCGAGAUGACAGAAGAUGAAAUAGACCAAGCUUAUAGCUCCAUUGCUUCUUCUUUCUAAGUAAUAGUAGCAUGUUUAGUCUCAUAUAUGAGAUUUGAUUUUCGGUUUCUGAUCUUGUGGUUCCAGUUCCAGUGGAAGAUAUAGGGUACAUAUGCUACUGAGUUGAAAUAUUUCUAAAUUGCAGUGAUCUUUUUGUUUUAAGAGAAGCACGAUUUGAUGAAAAUGAAUAAACUCUGAGAAGCCUUUCUUUGA